AUGGCAUGUAAUCAUGAAUAUGAAGAAAAACUGGAUCAGCUGGCAGAAAAGUUCAGUAAAGCAAAGAACUACUUCACCAAGAAAAGUCUUGAGAAAGAAUUGCAGAAAACAAAGCAAGCUUAUUCAGUGCAUAUUGAAAGUAUCCAAGUCCUCAACUCUGACAUUGAGAACCUGACCAAAAGUGUAGAAGAUUUGGAGCUGCAGUGUGAAGCACUAGACGAAAUAGAACAGAGAUUUCUUGUUGACUUUCCGAAAGAAUUCCAGAAAGAUAUCAUAAAUAUGUUUAAAGAUGAAGAAAGUCUAGCUCAUGAAGAGACAUUGAAGUUGCAGAAAGACUUGGAUGCUGCUAUGGCAGAGCUUGAUGAAUACAAAGAAAAAGAUCUGGAGAUAAACACAUCAGCAGCUUGA